AUGGCCGCAAGAGAAAUUGUCAAUUGUGAGCUUUGGCAUCACGGCCCUGGCAUGUUAUAUGGCAAAAUGGACGGAGAGGAACAUAAAGAGCAAAUAAUCACGGAAAUUCCAGAAGAAUGUACGAAAGAAAUGAGAAUCGCUGACCAAAAGAAAUUGGGAAACAACGUUCAAAACUCCCUUUUGGUGGUUGAGGGCGAGAAGACAGAGAAGAGUAUUGCUCCGAUAAUAAACUGUAAUAACUUCAGUUCGUUUUGAAGACUGGUCAGAGUUACUGCUCGAGUCUUGAAAUUCACAAAGAUUCUGAAAAGGAAAUGUAAAUCGAAAGAAUUGACAACCGACGAUUUUAAAGAGGCAGAAUUGUUAUGGAUUAAAGAAAUACAAACAUCUCUAAAGCGCGAUUCCAGAUACGAGUCUUGGCGGCGACAGUUCGGACUGUUCAGCGACAGCCAACGAGUGAUAAGAUGCGGUGGACGCAUAUCGAACGCUGAGAUUCAGUACGAAACCAAACACCUGAUCAUGUUGGACAGAAAUCACAGAGUAACACGACUCAUCAUAGAAGAAUGCCACGAACACGUUCACCACAAUGGCGUAAAGGAAACACUCACCGAAAUCAGAUCGAAACGUAAAACGAUGUUUGAAGAAGGUACUAAAGAAUUCAAAGGUAACAUACGAUGAACUACUAACCAUUGUAACCGAGGUCGAAGAUAUUCUUAUAUCAGGGGCCAGUUGUAUAAAACUCUUAAUCACUUUUUUAAUCACUAUUUUGCAUUUAAAUAGUGAUUAACUCUCAAAUACGCGUUUCUUAUUGGAUGACGUUUCCACUAACUAUAGUUAAAUUUAAUCACUUUAUUAUACAACCGGCCCCAGACCGAUAUAUACGUGUCAUCCGAAGAUAUUGAGGAACCGCUUACUCCUUCACACUUGUUGUGUGGUCGACGUCUUCUAUCAUUACCCAACAUUGUCAAUGACAACUACGAACAAAAACCAGACCGGUAACCAAACAAGAGCGAGAUCGUCCGUAAAGGAGUACAUCUGGAAAAAACUAAUCGAGCGUUUUGGGAAAAGAUGGCGUAAUGAAUACCUAUUGGAACUUAGAGAAUCGCAUCGCUUUAGAAUCAAGAACAUUCCACAGAGAAGAGUUGUUCGUGUAGUAGAUGUGGUUGUCGUUCGUGAUGACACGCCAAGAGUUUAGUGGAAAAACUGAGUCGAAGAACUGAUUACUGGAGUCGAAGAACUGAUUACUGGUAAAGAUGAUCAAGUCAGAGGAGCGGCGGUCAAGAUUAGUAGCAAGGGAAUGAAACCUAGCAGACUAAGAAGACCAAUGCAGGCGUUGAUCUCGCUGGUGAUUAAUGACGCAGAAAACGAAGACGCUGAAAGAGAGAACUCAUCCAUGAAGAGAGACGAUCCAGAGGAAACAGUUGAAACAUCAAGACCAAGAAGAAAGGCAGCCGUCGCAGCAGAUGAACUACGAAAGCAGUGGCUACAACAGCUAAGUUGA